UACGACAGAGGCAAUAUCACCAUCUGAUACUGCUGUACCAACUGAUUCUGAUAUUACUAAGGCUGAUGUUACAACAGAAGGGAUAUCUUCAACUGAAACUGUUGCGCCAACUGAUUCUGAUAUUACUAAGGCUGAUGCUACAACAGAGGCGGUAUCUUCAACUGAUAUUGUUGCGCCAACUGAUUCUGAUAUUACUAAGUUUGAUGCUACAUCAGAGGCGGUAACUUCAACUGAUACUGUUGCACCAACUGAUUCUGAUAUUACUAAGGCUAGUGUUACGACAGAGGCAGUAUCUUCAACUGAUACUGUUGCGCCAACUUAUUCGGAUAUUACUGAGGCUCAUGAUACAACAGAGGCAGUGACAUCAACUGAUACUGUUGCACCGACUGAUUCUGAUAUAAGUAAGGCUGAUGCUACAACAGAGGCGGUGACAUCAACUUAUACUGUUGCACCAACUGAUUCUGAUAUUACUAAGCCUGAUGUUACGACAGAGACAGUAUCACCAUCUGAUACUGUUGCGCCAACUGAUUCUGAUAUUACUAAGGCUGAUGUUACAACAGGGGCAGUGUCACCAUCUGGUACUGUUGCACAAACUGAUUCUGAUAUUACUAAGGCUGAUGUUACAACAGAGGCAAUAUCAUCAUCUCAUACUGCUGUACCAACUGAUUCUGAUAUUACCAAGGUUGAUGUUACAACAGAGGCAAUAUCACCAUCUGAUACUGCUGUACCAACUGAUUUUGAUAUAUCUAAGGCUGGUUUUACAACAGAGGCAAUAUCACCAUCUGAUACUGUUGUACCGACUGAUUCUAAUAUCACUAAGGCUGAUGUUACGACAGAGGCAGUAUCACCAUCUGAUACUGAAGCACCAACUGAGCCUCAUAUUACUAAAGAUGAUGUUACAACAGAAGGGGUAUCCCUGACUGAUCCUGUAACACUGACUGAGACUGACAUAACUGAAUCAACAACUAAAUCUACAACUGAAUCUCGUUUAACAUCAGAGUUCGUUGGUCCAACUGAUACUGUUGUAUCAACUGAUUCUGAUAUUACUAAGGCUGAUGUUACGACAGGGGCAAUGUCACCAUCUGAUACUGUUGUACCAACUGAUUCUGAUAUUACUAAGGCUGAUGUUACGACAGAGGCAAUAUCACCAGCUGAUACUGUUGCACCAACUGAUUCUGAUAUUACUAAGGCAGAUGUUACGACAGAGGCAAUAUCACCAUCUGAUACUGUUGCACCAACUUAUUCUGAUAUUACUAAGGCUGAUGUCACGACAGAGGCAAUAUCACCAUCUGAUACUGCUGUAUCAACUCAUUCUGAUAUUUCUAAGGCUGGUGUUACAACAGAGGCAAUAUCACCAUCUGAUACUGUUGUACCAACUGAUUUUGAUAUUACUAAGGCUGAUGUUACAACAGAGGCAAUAUCACCAUCUGAUACUGCUUUACCAACUGAUUCUGAUAUUACUAAGGCUGAUGUUACAACAGAGGCAAUAUCACCAUCUGAUACUGCUGUACCAACUGAUUCUGAUAUUACCAGUUCUGAUGUUACGACAGAGGCAAUAUCACCAUCUGAUACUGCUGUACCAACUGAUUCUGAUAUUACUAAGGCUGAUGUUACGUCAGAGGCAUCUCCAUUUGAUACUGAAACACCAACUGAGUCUGAUAUUACUAAAGAUGAUGUUACAACAGAGCAGGUAUCCCCGACUGAUCGUGUAACACAGACUGAGACUGACAUAACUGAAUCCACCACUAAAUCUACAACUGAAUCUCGUUUUACUACAGAGUUGGUUGGUCCAACUGAUACUCUUGUAUCAACUGAUUCUGAUAUUACUAAGGCUGAUGGUACGACAGAGGCAAUAUCAUCAUCUGAUACUGUUGCGCCAACUGAUUCUGAUAUUACUAAGGCUGAUGGUACGACAGAGGCAUCUGUAUUUGAUACUGGAGCACCGACUGAGUCUGAUAUUACUAAAGAUGAUGUUACAACAGAAGGGGUUACUUUAACUGAAACUAUUGCGCCAACUGAUUCUGAUAUAACUAAGGCUGAUGUUACAACAGACGAGGUAACUUCGGCUGAAACUGUUGUGCCAACUGAUUCUGAUAUUACUAAGGCUGAUGUUACGACAGAGGCAGUAUCACCAUCUGAUACUGUUGCGCCAACUGAUUCUGAUAUUACUAAGGCUGAUGUUACGACAGAGGCAAUAUCACCAUCUGAUACUGUUACACCAACUGAUUCUGAUAUUACUAAGGCUGAUGUCACGACAGAGGCAAUAUCACCAUCUGAUACUGCUGUACCAACUGAUUCUGAUAUUUCUAAGGCUAGUGUUACAACAGAGGCAAUAUCACCAUCUGAUACUGUUGUAACAACUGAUUUUGAUAUUACUAAGGCUGAUGUUACAACAGAGGCAAUAUCACCAUCUGAUACUGCUUUACCAACUGAUUCUGAUAUUACUAAGGCUGAUGUUACAACAGAGGCAAUAUCACCAUCUGAUACUGCUGUACCAACUGAUUCUGAUAUUACCAAGGCUGAUGUUACGACAGAGGCAAUAUCACCAUCUGAUACUGCUGUACCAACUGAUUCUGAUAUUACUAAGGCUGAUAUUACAACAGAGGCAGUAUCACCAUCUGAUACUGUUGCGCCAACUGAUUCUGAUAUUACUAAGGCUGAUGUUACGACAGAGACAUCUCCAUUUGAUACUGAAACACCAACUGAGUCUGAUAUUACUAAAGAUGAUGUUACAACAGAGCGGGUAUCCCCGACUGAUCAUGUAACACAGACUGAGACUGACAUAACUGAAUCCACCUCUAAAUCUACAACUGAAUCUCGUUUUACGACAGAGUUGGUUGGUCCAACUGAUACUCUUGUAUCAACUGAUUCUGAUAUUACUAAGGCUGAUGGUACGACAGAGGCAAUAUCACCAUCUGAUACUGUUGCGCCAACUGAUUCUGAUAUUACUAAGGCUGAUGGUACGACAGAGGCAUCUCCAUUUGAUACUGGAGCACCAACUGAGUCUGAUAGUACUAAAGAUGAUGUUACAACAGAAGGGGUUACUUCAACUGAAACUGUUGCGCCAACUGAUUCUGAUAUUACUAAGGUUGAUGAUACAACAGACGGGGUAACUUCGACUGAAACUGUUGUGCCAACUGAUUCUGAUAUUACUAAGGCUGAUGUUACGACAGAGGCAGUAUCACCAUCUGAUACUGUUGCGCCAACUGAUUCUGAUAUUACUAAGGCUGAUGUUACUACAGAGGAAAUAUCACCAUCGGAUACUGUUGCACCAACUGAUUCUGAUAUUACUAAGGCUGAUGUCACGACAGACGCAAUAUCACCAUCUGAUACUGCUGUACCAACUGAUUCUGAUAUUUCUAAGGCUGGUGUUACAACAGAGGCAAUAUCACCAUCUGAUACUGUUGUACCAACUGAUUUUGAUAUUACUAAGGCUGAUGUUCCAACAGAGGCAAUAUCACCAUCUGAUACUGCUUUACCAACUGAUUCUGAUAUUACUAAGGCUGAUGUUACAACAGAGGCAAUAUCACCAUCUGAUACUGCUGUACCAACUGAUUCUGAUAUUACCAAGGCUGAUGUUACGACAGAGGCAAUAUCACCAUCUGAUACUGCUGUACCAACUGAUUCUGAUAUUACUAAGGCUGAUGUUACAACAGAGGCAGUAUCACCAUCUGAUACUGUUGCGCCAACUGAUUCUGAUAUAACUAAGGCUGAUAUUACGACAGAGGCAUCUCCAUUUGAUACUGAAACACCAACUGAGUCUGAUAUUACUAAAGAUGAUGUUACAACAGAGCGGGUAUCCCCAACUGAUCGUGUAACACAGACUGAGACUGACAUAACUGAAUCCACCACUAAAUCUACAACUGAAUCUCGUUUUACGACAGAGUUGGUUGGUCCAACUGAUACUCUUGUAUCAACUGAUUCUGAUAUUACUAAGGCUGAUGGUACAACAGAAGGGGUUACUUCAACUGAAACUGUUGCGCCAACUGAUUCUGAUAUUACUAAGGCUGAUGUUACAACAGACGGGGUAACUUCGACUGAAACUGUUGUGCCAACUGAUUCUGAUAUUACUAAAGUUGAUGUUACGACAGAGGCAGUAUCACCAUCUGAUACUGUUGUGCCAACUGAUUCUGAUAUUACUAAGGUUGAUGUUACGACAGAGGCAGUAUCACCAUCUGAUACUGUUGCGCCAACUGAUUCUGAUAUAACUAAGGCUGAUGUUACGACAGAGGCAUCUCCAUUUGAUACUGAAACACCAACUGAGUCUGAUAUUACUAAAGAUGAUGUUACAACAGAAGGGGUAUCCCCGACUGAUCGUGUAACACAGGCUGAGACAGACAUCACUGAAUCCACAACUAAAUCUACAAC